UUAUUUGGACCAAUUUGGAAAUUUCUUUAUCUGGUCUUAAAUAUGGCAGAUAAACUAUUACUAAUCACAUAACUAUUCGUACUUUGGAAGUGGGAUAUUGUUCAGAAACAGCGAAAACUCGAUCCAAAAUCGAGUUCAAUGAGAAGCAGAGCCUUGUAGGAAGGGACAACUCAUCUUCUCAACUUCUCUUAUCAAGUCAGCAAACUCGGGCCAUAAAUCACAGCGUUGACACCUUCCAGCCUCACCAUUCAAAGAAGUCAUCCAUUGGCACAAUAUCAACAAACUGAGGCAAUGAUGCACUUGCAUGCGCCAGGCGAUCAAUAAAAUAUCAGCUUCAGAAGUAAGAAACAUAGAUUUCGUAAUGACAACGAGCUGUACAGAAGAUGUCAACGCUGACUGGGACUGAUAUCCCAGAUGUUAGUCAUGAUGAGACUAAAGCUUUUGGCGGGGCUACGGAACAGCAAAAGGAUUUCAUGGUGGAGGAGAGCAGUGGCAGCACCACAAUGAAGCAUGAAAGCAUACAAUCUCAUGGUGACCUGUCCCAGCCAGAUGAUUUCUCCAACCUCCCUCAGAAUGGCCCUACUCUCACCAGGAUGAGCAGCCCUUUGCCAGUUGAGCCAAAUGAAACCAAGCCUGAUGUGAGCGACACUGGCACAGAUGGUCACCCGGUGAAGCGAAAGAAGGGUCCUGCCCCCAAGAUGCUGGGAAAUGAGGUGUGCAGUGUAUGUGGUGACAAGGCCUCUGGAUUCCACUACAAUGUGCUAAGCUGUGAGGGCUGCAAGGGCUUUUUCCGACGUAGUGUCAUUAAAAGUGCUCAGUACACUUGCAAGAACAAUGGACGGUGUGAAAUGGACAUGUACAUGCGACGCAAGUGCCAGCAAUGCCGCCUACGCAAGUGUCGUGAGGCAGGCAUGCUAGAGCAGUGUGUGCUUUCUGAAGAACAAAUUCGUCUGAAGAAGAUGAAGAAGCAGCAGGAUGACGAAACGGCUCGCUCGUCCACAGUGCUCACUCCCACUCCUCCACAAGAAGUAGCUUCACUGGAUCCACAGCAGCAGGAAAUGAUUGAGAAGCUGGUGGCUAUGCAGAAGCAAUGCAACAAGAGAUCCUUUCUCGAUCGACCAAAAGUGACACCAUGGCCACAGAAUCAGGAUCUACAGAAUCGAGAAGUGCGUCAGCAGCGUUUCGCCCACUUCACUGAGCUGGCAAUCAUGUCGGUCCAGGAGAUCGUGGAUUUUGCUAAGCAGCUUCCUGGAUUUUUAGAGCUCACAAGAGAGGACCAGAUCGCUCUGUUGAAGACCUCCACCAUAGAAAUUAUGCUGCUAGAGACGUCUCGUCGAUACAACCCUGCCAUUGACAGCAUUACAUUUCUGAAGGAUUUUAGCUACAACAAGGAAGAUUUUGCAAAAGCGGGCCUUCAGUUUGAGUUCAUUAAUCCCAUCUUUGAGUUUUCGAAAGGAAUGAAUGACCUGCAGCUGGAUGAGGCCGAAUACGCUCUGCUUAUUGCCAUCAACAUAUUUUCUGCAGAUCGGCCAAAUGUUCAGGAUCAUGAUCUUGUGGAAAGGCUGCAACAACCAUAUGUUGACGCUCUGCGCUCUUACAUCACAAUAAAGAGACCAAAUGACCACUUGAUGUUUCCACGGAUGCUGAUGAAGCUGGUGAGCCUUCGUACAUUGAGCAGCGUACACUCUGAACAGGUUUUUGCCCUUCGUCUUCAGGACAAGAAGCUUCCCCCGCUGCUUUCUGAAAUCUGGGAUGUCACUGAAUGAUUACAGUCCAAAUGUCACACUCCUUGUUGGAAUGUUGAAUUUUGCGACAGACAUGGCAUGGCACAAGCUUGACCCAGUCUCAUUUGGUCAUGGACUACCAGCAUUGUGCUGUUGUUGGGCUUUUUGUGGGAGCGUCUCAAUGCAAUUAUGCGCUCAGACUCUGAAAUGGUUUGUGUUCAGAUGUUGUUGUUUUUUUCUCCUUAGACCUGUUCUUCCUCAUAUUGGGACUUUGGCAUGACAUUGCCAAAAUGAAAUACCAGCUCAUGGGUUUGAAUUUUUUCCUGAUUCAACAACAGUUAAAAAUGAGUGCAUUUCUAUUAUUUUACAGUCUGAAUGCUCUUGGCCUAUAGCUGCUAUUGCUUCAUGUCAUGAUUCCAGCUGUGCUUUCAAAUUAAUUUAUUCAAUAGUUUUUUCAUAGCUGAAUUAGAAACUUUGUUACGUGUGACUUUCAGCAGCAUUUUAAUUUGACAUUAGAAAAUACUUUUUAAGUAUGGAAAAUGUCUGUGUUCAUUUUAAGAAAGUACAGUUCAUAAAAAGUUGUAGUUGCUCAGGUAAACUAAUGUGAAGUAGAGGCAUCCUUUAUUAGAUCACUGGAAUGCCCAAAGGGAUCCUUUUUAUCAAUACUGAUGCACACAAAUUAUUUAUUUUCUUAAGACAAGUGUGGAUUGCACAUAUAUCCACAAGAUUGUACAGUACAAACUAACCCUUAAUAAUAGCAAUCAUAUAAAGUAAUGGGCGUCUUCUAAGGGAACAAGGGUGUGAAAAAAAGUCAAUAUGUUGGGUGGGUUUUCCUAAAAUUACAUGACAUGAACCUGCUUAAAAAUUACAAAAAAAAGAUACACUAUUCAUAUGGAGUUUAAACACUUUUGAUAUGAGUUAUAUAUUUCCUGAAACAGUACUACAAUACAAUACAUUUAGGACAUAAUUUAAAAUGUUUUCCACAUGAAAAAGCGGUGUAAAAACACAUUGUUUACCCUCGCAGGUAAGAUUGCUUAAAGCAUUAUUAGCCACAUGAAAUGAUAAAAGGAAAACAACUGUAAUGUAGUUCAAUUGUAGAAUUAUUUAAGGUUAACAGAUACCUGUGGUUCAUCUUAUGCAGUAAAAGACUUACAUGCAGUAAAAUAUAAUGAUUAAUUUAAAUUUGUAUUUAUCUGUGGGUUUUACAUGCUUCAGGAAACUGAGCGAGAAAUCUUUUUUUUUGUUUGUUUGUUUUUUGAAGUGUUAGAAUUAAAAUUCUAUUUAGUAAUCUACAUGUGCCUGUAACUGCUGUUCAAUCACAAUUAAGGGCCACCAAUAUUUCCAGAUUGUAUUUUACUCAACAGUUGUUUGGCUUUUUUUUUUUUUUUUUUAAACGACCAAAAUUCCGAGUGAUUUCUAAUGCGUGGAACAUUUGUGUAGUUGAAAAUGUUCAUGUAACAAAAAAAUACUUUCAUUUAUCAUUUUAGGAACACAACUUUGCAACACACAGUAAAGAGAGGCACUGUAUUUCUCAAUUGUUAAAGGUAGGCCUAUUUUGGCUUGGUGUUGACGCCGAUUACCUGAUGCUUUGUGAAUGUCCCCCCCCCCCCCAGAUUGCUUAAAAUGUUUUACUAUUUUUGGCAGACAUUUGUGCUUACCAUUGCUGGGAAGGCACAGAUCUUUUGAAUAUCAAUAAACAUUGGAAUGUUAUGCUUUACUCAGUUUCACCGGCAAGUAAGCAUAGAAAUUACAUGAAAUUUUGGUGGUUCAGUAAAAUGUACAAUGCAUUUCACAUGUGAACUAUAAAAACAGUCUUAAUUUGUGUUUUACUAAGAAUGUGUGUCAAACCUCAACAAAACAAAAGAGCAGUACUACUUGACUAAUGCAACACUUGAAAGUGAAAAUAUUCGAUGUCCCAGGUUAUUUCUAACACGAUAUGUAAAACAAAUCGUAUUGUAUAAUUAAAUGGUUGAUUUAAGCAGUGGAUAAUAGACAUUUACUAAUGUUUUGGGUGUCUAUCAUUUAAAAGAGCCUUCAAGAUAAGUAUGAACUGUACUCCAAACAAAAUUGUACUCACAAAAAUGUCUGUUCGGCCAAAGUACUUACUGCAAAACAAAUAGUGCUUUACAAAAAAAAAAUCUAUUCUGGCUACAGUUCUACUGUCUUUUAGGGGUGUGGGUGGUAAAGAUGAAUAUAUCAUAUUCAUAACAGAAACUUGUGUUUUGUAUGUACAGUAAAUUAAAGCUGUAGUAUGAAUCCA